AGUGGGGCCCAGCAGAGUGAUACCGAGAGAGAGGAGAAUAACGGAGAGUGCUGGGGUGAUUUAUUUGCAAACGCAGAAAAAAACAGGAUAAUUGUAUUUGGAACCUGGGGCGAGACGGAGGUUGUCCUACACUUGCCUCUGAAGAAUGUUCAUCUAUUGGCCACCUGUGGUGUAACAUAAUGACAUUGUCCAGUGAAGUAAGAUUUACGCUGCUAUUGCCAUGGAGUUGACGCAGUGACAUAAGCCUUGAGUGGCUUCAGAGUUGACUUGUGAGCAAAGGACACAUGUUUGGACUAGGAUGUUCUCGAUUGGAUCACAUGGUUUGCAGAUUAAAAGGCUCUGAGGAUAGACUACUUGGAUUUUGCAUUCUUUUCUUUUUCAUUUUAUUGGAGGUUGGAGAGACUGAGUUUUUUCCUCUUCCCUCCCCAUUAUUGACAGAACAAUGGUAUUAAAUUUUGGGCAUUUGCUUGGUAAUGGCACAACGAACUAAGGACAAUUAAUUCCUUCUUAGCAAAAGACCAAGAUAAACAUCAUCUUAAGGACAAUUUCAAUAGGGAUUACAUUUGAAGCUGAGCCUGAAAUCUUCCCCAGGCUACAUUUGUACCCAGUUUUGUGCUGCUGAAACCAUGGUAGAUGUCUAUCUUGUGUGACAGCAUUUUUUUUUAACUUUAAGCAAUUGGGAUGUUGAAAGGUCUGUAAGACUGCUGUCGCUGCCUUUGCGAUUUAACAUUGCUGGAUAAAUUACUGUGCUUAAAGCAUAGAAGACUGUGAAGUAAUGGAAGCAAGAAUUAUCAGUACUCUUUGCACCAGUAUAUGGGAAAGUUCAGUCGCAUCAGUUCUCUGAUUGCGGGAAAAUGUUUUUGUUUUUUUUUUCUUUUGUGACUUGGAUUUAAAGUGGAAUAGCCCAUAAAUUUUAGGGACUCACACAUUCUUGUGCCUUUUUUAUUUAUGCAAUUUUGAUGUCCUGUUUGCUUCUCAUAAAAGCUGUUAUCAGGGUCCAACAAUCUGUCCUUGAUAAAGCAUUUAAUUUUGUUUUUUUUUCUUGUGAUUACACAAGAUCUCUUCAGUAUUCCAUUCCCAGUACAUUGGUUUGAAGAUCUGUGGAAACUGAACAUAGCCCAAUCAGUGGAUAUUAGUUUAACUACUGCUAAAGUAGACUGAAAUAGUUUUAAUGAGCUUGAAUUCUUUUCUUAUUUCUAUUUCAGUCAGCACUGUUAACAACUAAGAAACUGUUAAUAACUAUGCAUUUGAUAUUCUGUCACAUUUCUCCUCGGACCUGUUUUGGAGACUAAACUAACAAACUAUUUUUAAUUAUAAUACACCUCUCGAAUGUGUUUUCAGCAGAUGUGCUGAAUUUACCUUUAGGCAUGUUUGCAGCUGUGGAACAUGGUCCAGUUCUUUGUAGUGACUCAAAUAUUUUAUGCCUCUCAUGGAAAGGCCGGGUACCUAAGAGUGAAAAGGAGAAGCCAGUUUGUCGGAGACGCUAUUAUGAGGAAGGAUGGCUUGCAACUGGCAAUGGUCGAGGUGUUGUUGGAGUGACAUUCACAUCAAGUCACUGCAGAAGAGAUAGAAGUACACCACAACGAAUCAAUUUCAAUUUGAGAGGUCAUAACAGUGAGGUUGUGUUGGUGAGAUGGAAUGAGCCCUUUCAAAAACUAGCCACAUGUGAUGCAGAUGGUGGAAUAUUUGUCUGGAUUCAGUAUGAGGGCAGGUGGUCAGUGGAACUUGUCAAUGACCGAGGGGCUCAGGUGAGUGACUUUACUUGGAGUCACGAUGGAACUCAGGCUUUAAUCUCUUACCGGGAUGGAUUUGUCUUGGUUGGAUCAGUGAGUGGACAAAGGCACUGGUCCUCUGAAAUAAAUUUGGAAAGUCAAAUUACAUGUGGAAUAUGGACACCGGAUGAUCAGCAGGUGCUAUUUGGGACAGCAGAUGGUCAAGUGAUUGUGAUGGACUGCCAUGGACGCAUGCUUGCCCAUGUGCUUCUUCACGAAUCUGAUGGAAUUAUCAGCAUGUCCUGGAACUACCCUAGCUUUCUCGUGGAGGACAGCAGUGAAAGUGAUACAGAUUCUGAUGACUACUCGCCUCCUCAGGAUGGUCCAACCGUUUAUCCAAUUCCAAUACAGAGCAUAAAACCUCUGCUGACUGUCAGCUUCACUUCAGGGGACAUUAGUUUAAUGAACAAUUAUGAUGACUUGUCUCCUUAUGUUAUCCACUCAGGACUAAAGGAUGUUGUUGUACAGUGGUGCUCCCAGGGUGAUCUAUUGGCAGUGGCUGGUAUUGAAAGACAAAAUCUUCCAACUGAUCCUAGCAUAAUUCCGAUCUUGAGGAAUGCUCUUGUUAAAUUUUACAAUGUCCAUGGAGAACAUAUUUACACCCUGGAGACACCAGCACAAAGAAGCAUCACCACAAUAUGUUGGGGACAUAGAGAUUCCCGACUGUUUUUAGCCUGUGGCCCAGCACUCUAUGUAAUUCGAGUUGAACACAGAAUUGCCAGCCUACAGCUUCUAUGCCAACAGGCCAUAGCCAGUACACUUAAAGAAGAGAAAGAUAUUAGCAAACUCACCUUACCAUCUCGCCUCUGCUCUUAUCUCACUGCUGCUUUUAUACAAACAAUAAAGCCUCCUAUUCCUGACCCUAACAACAUGAGAGACUUUGUCAGUUAUCCCACAGUGGGGAAUGAAAGAUUGCAUUGUACAAUGAAGCGAACAGAGGAUAAUCCUGAAGUUGGUGGCCCUUGUUACACUCUCUAUCUGGAGUAUUUAGGUGGUCUAGUACCCAUUCUUAAGGGUCGUCGCAUUAGCAAGCUCCGUCCUGAGUUUGUUAUAAUGGAUCCUAAAAUGGAUAGUAAAACUGAUGAAGUAUAUGGAAAUAGUUUAAUUUCUUCCAUGAUCGACAGCUGUAAUUGUUCCGACUCCAGUGAUAUUGAACUGAGUGAUGACUGGGUGGGAAAAAAAUCACCAAAGAUAUCUAGAGGCAGCAAGUCACCUAAGCUUUCCAGAAUUAACAUUGAAACUAGAAAAUCACCCAAGCUAUCCAGAGCCUCUCAAGACAUAACAAGAUCUCCACGUUUACCUAUAAGAAAACCUUCUAUUGGAUCUCCAAGUUUAGCUCGUAGAGAGUUUCCAUUAGAAGAUAUAUCUCAGCAUAACUAUCUUGCUCAGGUUACUUCUAACAUUUGGGGAACAAAGUUUAAGAUUGUGGGGCUUGCUUCUUUUUUGCCAAAUAAUCUUGGUGCAGUAAUAUAUAAAACAAGCCUGUUGCAUCUUCAGCCUAGACAGAUGACUAUUUAUUUACCUGAAGUGCGGAAGGUUUCCUUGGAUUAUAUUAACCUGCCAGUAUUCAACCCUAAUGUGUUCAGUGAGGAUGAAGAUGAUUUGCCAGUUACAGGGUCUUCUGGAGUGCCAGAUGAUAACCCUCCUUGCACCGUGAACAUUCCUAUUGCUCCUAUUCACAGUUCUGCCCAGGCCAUGUCUCCCACACAAAGCAUUGGACUAGUCCAGUCUCUUUUGGCUAAUCAAAAUGUUCAGCUUGAUGUACUAACCAACCCCACUGCUGCUGCAGCAGCUACAGCAGUUGCAGCAGCAGUAGCUGGUAACUCAGACCACAGCCAGGACAGUGGAAUAAAUACUCAAUAUUCAGUACCUAAUAGAUAUUCUAGCCCUGGUCAAGUGAUAUUCGGAGGUCUGGAAAUGGGGAGGCUCCUUGUUGGACCUCCACCACCACCACCUCCACCACCUCCUCCACAACAACCAUUGUCACCUCCACAGCCACCUUUGCCUUCUUACCCACCUCCUCAUCAUCUUCAAGGGAUGUUACAUCUUCCACCUGUAAUCUCAGAUCAUGGACCAGAGAGGGAACAUGAACACCAUCAGAAGAGCAAGAGCCUUAGACCUGGACCCCAACUUGCAGAAGGAGACGCUGUCAUUUUUAGUUCUCCUCUUGAAAUUCAGAUCAGUAAAAUGAACCCCCCACCACCUUAUCCUGGAACAGGGACUGGAACAGCAUCAGCAGCAGCAGCAGUACCUUCAGCUGCCACAGUAGCUGCCGCCGCUGCUGCCGCUGCCACUAAUAGUAAUGCCUCUCCCUCCUCAGUUGACCUUUGCCUCAAGAAAAAUGAAUUUUCACUAUAUCCUGCAGCACCUCAGUACCAGACACCACUGGGCUAUGAAAGAAUCACAACAUUUGAUAGCAGUGGAAAUGUUGAAGAGGUCUGCCGCCCUAGAACUAGAAUGCUUUGUAAUCAGAAUGUGUAUACUCUGGGUCCAGGCAGCUCUGCAACUUUGCGAGUCACCACCUCUGAUGGCAAAAAAGUAAAGGUGCCUUGUACUAGUGCCACUCUUAAUAGGCUAACAGUGCCGCGUUAUUCCAUCCCUAGUGGUGAUCCUCCUCCUUACCCAGAGUCUGUUAAUACAAUUGGAAGGAACACAAACCAUCGUAUAGACAGCAGUCUUAUUCAUGCAACUUUACGUCGCAACAACAGGGAGACUUCUCUAAAGAUGACUCAAUUGAUGGAUGCACAGAGAACUCUUCCAACAAAAUCCAAACUGAAUAGCAUUGCAGCAGCAGCAGCCGUCACCUAUCAGCAAAGAAUACCCGCAGCUUUAUAUACUUGCAGCCAGUGCAGCAACGGAAGUACCAGUGGUGGAAAUGCUGGUGUCAGUGGUGUGAACAACAGCAGUAGUAGUAAUAGUAAUGGCAUCUCUGGUGGGCCACUUAUUAGACAAGAUUUACCUCCAGCAAAUGCCACCCAGCAUAGUACUGUUAUUGUUCACUCCAACAGUACAUCACCUUUAACUUCGCAGUCAUCAUACAAUCUACUCAGCCCUCCAGACAGCUGUAGAGAUAGAACUGAAUAUAUUAACUCUGCAUUUACUGAAGAUGAAUCUGUAACCCAGCAGUGUCAGAUAGAAAAGUCUAUGCGGCACCUUGCCAUCAGUGAUGUCACUCUAGCUGUCAAGAGGCCGCCUCCUUACCAAUGGGAUCCUUCAGCUACUGAGGAAAUCUGGGUCCCACAAGAAAGGCCAACACUUGGAGCACCACCUAGUGUUCAUAAACCUCCACCUCUUAUUUUGAACCCAUCUCAGCACAUAGACAUGUCCCGCUUACCUUUUGUUCUAUCUCCUAAAUCACCCACCAGUCCAAAUUCAAAUUUUCAAGCUGGCUACCAGAUCACCUUACCCUUUCCACCAGGUGCUGGUUAUUCAGGAGGCCAGCUUCAGGCGUUACAACCUAUUCCACAACCCUGCUCUCCUAAGGAGGUAGUGGCACCUGUCCCAUUUUCUCAGCAAGAAACUCCCAUGGUGUUACCUCCAGGAUACCCACCUAAUAUCUCUAAUCUUGCAUGCUGCCCCCUACCACCCAUGUACCCUGGAGGCAGUACAUGUGCUGGACUGCAGCUGCCUCCUAUUGCUUUACACCCUUGGAACACCUAUGGAUCUUGUCCACCCAUACCAAAUUCAACAGGAACCCUGCAGCCAAAGACCCACCUACUAGUGGAAAAGCCAGUCCUCUCACCCCCACCACCAGCAGACCUUCAAAACCAUAUUGGUGCCACAGAAGCUGUGGCUGAGGCAGGGGAAAACUUCCAGGAAGUUCUGUCUCUAAAUGAAAGUCCUAUUCCCCAACGAUCUGACAAGUUUAGUAAGAAAAGCCGAAAACGCUUGGACAGUCGGGCAGAAGAAGCAAAUGUGCCAGCAAUUACAGAGGGUAAAGUGAAAAAAGAAGCUCGUGCACUUGGCGAUUUCAACUCUCUAAUAUCCAGUCCCAGGCUUGGGAGGGAGAAAAAGAAACCGAAGAAUCAGAAAGAACAAUUGAAAUCCAAGAAACUGAGCAAAACCAAUGAAUUUCAGGACAGCUCAGAGAGCGAGCCAGAAUUAUUUAUCAGUGGUGAUGAACUUAUGAAUCAGAGCCAAAGUGGAAAAAAAGGCUGGAAGACUAAGAGAAACCUGCGGACAGCCAGUGAACUCGAUGAAUUCAAAUGCCGCAAGGCAAGUGAAAAGGAAGAUCGUAGUUUAGGAAGCCAGGGCUUUGUCUUUGUAAUGGCAAACAAGCAGCCUCUUUGGAAUGAAGCAACGCAGGUCUACCAGCUAGAUUUUGGAGGUAGAGUGACACAAGAGUCUGCAAAAAACUUCCAGAUUGAACUUGAUGGUAGACAGGUGAUGCAGUUUGGCAGGAUUGAUGGCAAUGCCUAUAUACUGGACUUUCAAUACCCUUUCUCUGCAGUCCAGGCCUUUGCUGUGGCUCUUGCAAAUGUUACCCAGCGACUCAAAUAAAAGCUGGCUCUGCAAUGACUGAUCCAGAUAGAUCAGUUUUCUGUCUGCAAUGAAACUGGAUCAAGUAAGCAGCACACAUGUAAAACUACUGGCUACCAUGUGGAGGAGCCAUAUUUCCAGGCUUUGUGAAGAUUGAUGCAAGAGAGACCUGAUGUCAAAUUCUUGGACAAGAAUGGUAUGCUUGCCCUGGGUGGUUGUUCAGUUUGUAUACUGGGCUAAUAUCCAGAUGCCACCAGAAACAGACUUCCCUCCUUACAGACUGCCUUACCACAUUUUUGUUUCCUUUUAAUACUGUUACAUGGGGGGUUUUUCAGUCCAGUUUUUAAACACAGAAUUAAUACUUGAAAAUUAAAUAUGGACAGAAUAAUAGUGUAUUAGCUAAAUGUUACAGGUACUAUUGAGCACUGAAGCCUAUAGCUGCAAACAAAAAAUAGACAUCGUAAGUAAUUUAAAAAGAAGCAUACUGGCUUAGAGUGUGGGUGUAUGUAUAUGUGAUAGAAGUAUGUGUUUAUGUAUGUAAGUAUACAUAUGUGUGUUUAUACAUGUGUAUAUAUGUUUCUUUAUGCACUCAUGUUACGAAUGCAUGUGCAGUAUGUUGUAUACAAACAUUUUAAAUUAACAAUUGUGUUUUUAGUAUAUUUUUUGUAACUCAGCCUGGAAUAUUUGGAACAUUCGGUGCCUAUUUUAGUGCUAUAUACAAAGAACUGAAGCAGGCUACUGAAAAGUGAGUGGGCUGUUGAGGUUUUUUUUUUUUUACUCUAAUUUUCCUUCUGCAGAUUGAACAGGACUAACUUACUUCUUACCAUUUAUCAAGAUACUUUUAAUUAAAGCUGUAUUAUUUAAAAAGGAAUGGUGCAAAAACCUACAAAUGAAAAAUAAUGGAGUUUAUCUGCUUCUAAAAAAUACUUGAUUUUACAAAUAGAAGGACCUUCUUUAAAAUGGCCUGUUAUAUAUUACUCAGAGAUCAUUGCACUAAAUCAUUUAUCCCAGACAUGUUUUAAUUUCUCUUUCUUUAUAUAUUAUCAAGCAUUCUUGAUAUCUUGUUUACAAUAUGCAUUUUGGGACACCAGUUCCAAUCAUGUUAAUAGUAGACUUCUUUUUUUUUUUUUUUUUAUUUGCUCAUCUCAGUCAUUUUAAUUUUUUUUUUUUUUUUUAAACAUAGUCUAUACUAGUGUUUUAGAAGAUACUGAUGAAAGGGCAAUGUAUGCAGUGUAGUGUGUCCCUGGUUUUCUGCAGGGUUAAGAGUUUUAUUUCUUGUGUCACUUCUGUGAAGUAAUUGUACUUAUAUUGAUUUUACAGAGUAAAUGUUGAGUUCCCUUGUCAGCCCAAGCUAGUGGUUGUACAAGGUGCUGGAUGAUUUGUAUGUUUCACAUCAAACCUUGCCAACACUUUAAUACUGUUAUGCUUUUGUUAAAUCAUACAUUUAAUAUCAUAAGAAGAGAGUGAAUUUUGGUAUGUACUUGUUGAUAUACAUAUUCGAUAAUAAUUAUUUUAGAAAAAGUAAAAUUGGAUUUUUGCCAAAUGCUAGAAAUGAACCACAAGGCCUACAGUUAAACAUGUUGUAAAGACAUGUUAAAUAGCAGGAUAACAGCACUGUGGCAUAAACCAUGCAUGUAUUAAUUGUGUCAGAUAAGCAGGUGGAGCAAAAUUGUAUUGAUUGCAGGCAGCCGUAAGGCUUUAUCAAUUAAAAGAAAAUAUGCUUGCAUGAGAAAAGUCUAGUUAGAUAUGAAAAAGAAUGCAGUUGUAUUGAUUUGCAUUGACAACAAAAUAUAUUGUCUGUUUGCUGUAGAAAAUACAACACUCUGUGCUUGCAGUGGCAGAGCAUGCAAUUGCACUCAUUUUUCUGUUUGUGAUGGCUGUUUUUGCAGUUUUGAACCCUAAAUUCUGCUUGCAAUAUUUGCUAUUUCACCUUAUACAUUGAAUAAAUGAUAAUGCUUUACUUUUGUGCUCACAGUUACAAAGGAGCUAUAUAAAAUAAAGUUUUAUUAUAUGAUUUAAUAAAGCAAUUGACAUUUACGUUCCUCCAAAUUAAAAUAGUUGUUUUACAUCUGGAAAGUGCUAGUAUUGUUGCAAUUGUAAAACUUCAAGCAGAAAUUCCAUUUAUUUUCUGCUGUUGCAUCAUUUUACUAGCAGUAAAGCUCUGUGAGCGUUCAGUAUGGGAGGCAUGCUUGUAUGUACAUAUGUGAUGUACAAAAUGUUUACAGUAAAAAUAUUGCCCAAAACAGGUGAAAUACUGUGUUUUGUGGCUGCCUUUAAUAAUAAAAUCUUUUUAAAAAUCCUGUACUUUGAGGGCUUGAUUGGGUUUUACUACUUAGCCAUGCAAUAAGAUAAUGUGUAACUCUAAGCUGAUCUAAUAAAAUAAGUACAUUACCAUGAUAGUGUAUAAGUACAUGGUAGAUUGACCUGCAAUGCCUUGUAUGUAUAUAAAGAGCAAGGGUUUUGAUCUUUGAAAGAAUGAUGAAGUUGUAUUUUCCUUGAGGUUCUUAUUAUCAUCAUGUUAUUUGUAAACUAUUUGUGCAAUGAUCCUUUGUCAUGCAAACAUCUGAUUUCUUUCUGUUGUUUAGGGGAAAGAAGGAAGUUUACCUGACCAACAUAGCAUAUGUCACAGAUGGGAAAGAGAAUUAGAGAUAUUGUGGAAUUAAAGGGACACAAAUAACACAACUAUUUCAAUGGGGUGAACUGCUUUAAUAUCAGAUAUGUCAUUUACAUUUUUUGAGAUUUUAGUGGAAGUCAGGAACAAAAAGGUGCAUCACUAUAAUGCUGUCCAUUAGCAAAUUACUGUUGCCCCAUGUUUAAUAUUUUAUAAAUGUGAUAUUUGUAUCUCUUUGGUUCUUUUAAUGUAGCAUAUGUCUGAAUUACCCAAAUAAUUAAAAAAAAACAUUUUGUGAUGAUGAUAUUGAUCUUAUUUGGCUGUUUAUAAAUGUGGUGGUUGUCUGAUUAUAACCUUGGUCAUCCAGUUUACAUCACUUCUGUUGUAUUUUGAGACCUAGCACUAGCACUAGAAAUCUCCUUUACCCUGAUACAGUUGUUAGGGAUCAAGAGCCAAGGUUAAGGCAAACACACAUUUUACUGUAAGGAAUGUAAUUGUGUUUUUUGUUUUUUGUUUUUUUUUUUUUUACUAUGUGGUAUGUUUGAAAUUUAGUUGUGCAAUAUUUUAUAUGAAAUAAAGCAGUGUUUUUUUUUUCCAUUUGAAGUGUACAUUUCUAUCCAGUCAUUUAAAGCAGGUUAUACCUAACAAAUGUGGAUUUGAUUUAUGCAUUAUUUAUAAAACUUAAUAGAAAGUACACUUCUUGAUAUUGUUUGAGUUGUUCAAAAUUGGGUCUUCAAAAUGUGUUUGAAGAGAUUGAUUGUGAGUAUUAUGCAACAUGAAGCUGUAAAACAAAUGAAAGAGAAUUGUACUGUAUGACUGAGUAUUGUAAAUGCUAUGUUGUUCACCUUUGCAGAUGAAGAAUUCUGCCUGUUGUACUGUUUUCUUAAUACAUAUGUCAUUUUUGCUACAUUUUUUGUUUUAUUUAAUGUUUGAAUUUUACCAUUUUAUUCAUUCUUAGUAAUAGAAUUCUGAAAUCAAAUGUUUGGUUUGAGUGGAAUAGAGUGCAAACUACAAUAUAAACUGCUCCUGACUUUAUAUAAGAACAGUCACACUUAGGUAGAGAUCCUUUUCUUAAUAUAUUUCAGAUGCAUUUGUUACCAUUGUUCACAUAGCAUAUUACUCAUUUUCUAGCACAGGUGCUAUGAUUUCUGUAUUGUUUGUAAAUCCUUAGGAAAACAAUUUGGAUUGAGCCCUGUCUAAUUUUAAUAGCACCUAUUUUCGUCUUCAUUAUGCAAAAACAGCCUGCUUUGUGGGUGCAGACAUAAUUAGAGACUUUUAGUAAUUAGACAUCCCAGUCAUGUCAUGGCUGUAUAUUUUUCUUGAGGCGGUCAUUUGUUGUCCUAAGGGGGGAGGUUUUGGAUACUGGGGAAGGGUAUUUUAAGGUAUUUGAGGGAAAGGUACAUGUGUGUUAUUUAAAAAAAAAA